AUUUUCGAAAAUUCUUAAUGCUCAUUUGCAUUCACAAAACAAAAUGUGCAUGCAUAAUAGUGUGUGCAUUUUCAUACUUACGCAACCUACGAAAGGAAACUAAUUCAAAGCUAGAGUUAUAUUCCACUUUAUUUUGGUAUUUAGUCAAUAUCUUUACACAGUCAGAGGAAAAUAUUCAGUAUAACAAAUAAUGUCGAAAAAUUACUUUUUUAUUCCUCUGAUUAACAUUAUCGCUACUUCAUAUCAUAUUAGUAUUAUCAUUAUUUUGAAUAUACUCAUUUUCGAUACAAGUUGUUCUUCGAAACAUAAUGAUGGUGAUAUAAAAUUAGUGGAUGGUCCAAAUGAUCAGGCCGGUACAGUACUUAUUUAUCGAACAUACGGUUGGGGUAAAAUAUGUGAUGAUCACUGGACAAUGAAAGAGGCGAAUGUUGUCUGUCGACAGUUGGGUAUGGAUCAUGCUCUUGAAGUACACCGACGUAACAGGUUUGGAUCAAACUCUCAAGUGAAUUAUUUAAUGGAUGAAGUUCAUUGUACCGGUAGUGAAAAGCGUCUUAUUGAAUGUAGAUUCAAUGGUUGGGGAAUACAUGACUGUCGACAAAAUGAAGAAGCUGGUGUAAAAUGUGCUCAAAAAGCUCCAGUUGUGAAUAAACCUUCAUGGAAUCCACUUCGACUAAAGUUCAGUAAAAUAGAGUUAGACAGAAUGUCGAGAGUGAGCUUUAAUGUGAUUAGUCGUGAUUCUGAUGUAAGGCAAGAAAAACAGUCAUCUAUAUUCCUUCCUGUUAUAAUACAAACUGAAAAUGGAACGAUAGGAACGGUAUGUCCAGACUACUUUCAUUCAGCUGAAGCUAUUGUGUUCUGUCAUCAACUGAAUGCUGGUCAUGGAGGCAGAGUCAUUCCAAUGCCAAUAGUACAAACAGGAAUUAAUAAUACUACCAAACCAAUUGGUAUAAUUGGAUAUUGCUAUGGAAAUGAGACUAGUUUGCAAAAGUGUAAAAGUUAUAUUGAUUUCAAUGGUAUACCAUGUCAGUCACAAUUAAUAGCAGCUGUUGAGUGUACGGAAAACUUACCGGAUUUACUACCUGAUCGUUACAGUUUGGAAACGUCCUCAUACAUUCAAAAGAUGAGCCUUUGGCUACUUGAAUGUGCACUCGAAGAAAAUUGCUUGCCAGAUAUAGUGUAUAGAAUCAUUGACAGUAAUCCCUAUAAUUAUACAUGGAUGACUAGAACCCUGAUGAGAUUCUCAUCAAUCAUUGAAAAUGCUGGAAAUGAAGUUUUUCGACCAUUAGAACAUCCAGAUAACUGGGAAUGGCAUGCAUGUCAUAUGCACUAUCAUAGCAUGAAAGUAUUUUCACGCUAUGAAGUCGUGGACACAGAAAAAAGGUUAGUUGCAGUCGGACAUAAAGCAAGCUUCUGUUUGGAAGACAACCUAUGCAAAUCAGGAGUGGCGCCUAAAUUCCGUUGUAGCAACGUUGUUGAUAGCAAAGGAACACAAGGUAUUAGUCCAGGAUGUAAAGAUAUGUACUUACAUGAUUAUGACUGUCAGUGGGUUGAUAUAACCGAUAUACCUCCAGGAAAAUAUACUUUUCAGCCUAACAUAGUUAAUUCUUAUUGUUCAUCUUCCAACUCCAAAAUAAAUUGUAUCCCACCGAAAAUCGAAUUUAUUUGUGUGAAGCUACGGAUAUUUACGGAAUUCAAUACAGCAAAUGUGUCAUCCCCAUCCUUCCACCAUACUUUUGAGGUUUCAUUUAAUCCUGACUUUCUGGUCCCAGAAUCCAAUUUUUUUAAUAACGCGCUGACUUGCCAAAUGACACACUUAGGAUAUAAUGCGGUGUUGAGAAAAUGCCAUUUUAUCCACCCUAACGAUUUAUUUUAGAUGACUUAGUAAAAAAACUAACUUUUUCUGGUAGACCCUUUAUCUUGAUGAAAUUUAUUUUGAAGUGUUAAUUAGUCAGUAAUUAAAUAAAUUGAUAAUC